CGUUGUUUCCAUGUGUUUGAUGUGUCUGGUACCGUUCCAUUUAUUCCAUUUCAGCCAUUUACAAUGAGCUGGUCCUCCUAUAUCUCCUACCACCAGCCUCCUCUGUACUCCACAGUAUCUCCUACUGUGCUAUGUGGGGGGCAGGGUUUCUCCUUCGCCAGGUCAGGUGUGAGUGGGAGGCAGAGUGAAGGUGUGUCCUAGCUGUUCCACUGGGCUGAGAGGGAGAGGAGUUCUCCAGAAGCCUCCUCCAGGAUCCUCCUCCCUCUGCUGCAUGGCCAGUCACAACCACCAGCUCAGCCCGACUGGACACUUCAGGAUCCUGAAGGUCCACCAGACGGAGCUCAGUGAGUCUGCGGCAGACGUCACUCUGCAGCGUCUAGACGUGUGUCUGGGAGUCACUGAGGACGGAGGCUGCGAUGCUGCAGAAGCAGACGCCGUCCCCAGAGGUGUGCAGCGCAGCCCAGAGCAAGCCGAGCGUGAAGCUCCUGGCCCACAGGAAUGGGCAGGGGGCACUAGAGGAGGGCCAGCUGGUCACGGUGGCAACAAUGCCUCUGAGGCUCCACAGGGGCCACUGAAACAGGCAAAUAGACAGUGUUCAGAGACAGUGUUCCAGGUGAGUGCUGAGGACAUGAGCUCUGUAGAUGAGGGUCUGCUGACGCUAAUACUGAGGUCCCCCAUCCAUGUCUGGGUGUCCUGUGGAGAGCCCUACCUCGCUUCAGAUGCCCGCCAGUUCUCCAGACCGGGCCAAGCCUCCCUGCUACCCACCCAGAGUCCUGCCAGGCCUGUAGUUGAUGAGCAAAGCUGGCUACAGCCCAGCCAUGAGGAACUGACUCUGGACCAGGAGCUGCACAACACUGAGACUCGACUUGCUGAGAUGGAGGCCCUCCCAGAGAAAGGCCACAGGCCUCUUCCACAGAAGACCUCCCAGGAACUGUACCAUCAGCCUGAUGUCAAAAGAGUUCAGGUGUACCACAGUGGAGACAGGCAUGUAUCUGUCCACGUCUAGGGGCAAAGCAUCGAAGAGGUACUUCCUCCAAAUAGAGAGUCCGAUAUAUCAUACUCCAGUCUAGAUUGUCUAUGGGGCGCCGUUUGUAGCAUGCUAUAUUUUGUGACAAAGAGAGCGGAGGCGCCAGGUAGCCUAGCAGUUAAGAACGUUGGGCCAAUAACUGGUUUGAAUCCCUGGCUAUGGGAAA